GUUGUUUCUUUUUCUGAACUGUCAUUUCAGGAAAAUGAUCUCUAUAACUUUCAUUUUGAUUUGGAUUUGAUGUCUUGGGACUCGGAUCUAUGGAAUAUUACAGGCCAUGCUUAUGCAGAUGCAAACGUGAAGACAGAACCCUUAUCACCAGCCACUUCAAAUUGUUCGGUCCCUUCUCCAUCAUCUGUGGACUCCCCAGUGCAGAAUGUGCCUGAUGAUGUGGACUUCAGCUGUAGCUCCCAGAUGUCUCCCAUCUCUCUCUACAGCAAGAGCUGCAGAAGCCCUGCAUCCCCUGAAGGAGAUGGAGGGAAGAAGCCUGCUGUCAGCAUCACUUCUCGGUCUGCGAAUAACUCUGUGAGGACCCUGAAGAGGUGUGGUCAGACAGCAUCCAGGCCUUCGAUACAACCCAAACCCCUUUUGCCUGCUGUACCUGAGGCUCAGGCAAACAUUGGCAUCCCAGCUAAAACCAUCAUUAUUCAGACUCUUCCCACGCUUGUGCCACUGCCAAAGCAUCAACCAGUUGUUAACAUCCAGCCAGCACCUCCUAAAGGUCAGUCAGUGGUGCUCCCUCAGCCCACUGUGGUACAGCUCCAGGCUUCUGGGGUGCUUCCUGCCUCGCAGCCAGUCAUUGCUGUCACUGGAGGGACGACGCAGCUUCACAAUCAUACGGUGAAUGCAUUGCCUCCAACUGCUGGAAAUGGCUCAACAAGUGGCAAAAUACCAGUGACUAAGCCCUUGCUUCAAAGCACCGCGCCAACAAUGGGGCUGGAUGUCAAUGUCUUGAGAAGGCAGCAGCGCAUGAUCAAAAACCGUGAGUCAGCCUUUCAGUCACGGAAGAAAAAGAAAGAAUACAUGUUGGGACUGGAGGCGAGGCUGGAGGCAGCCUUAUUGGAGAAUGAGAAACUCAAGAAAGAAAACAGCACACUGAAGAGGCAGCUGGAUGAAGUGGUAUUAGAGAAUGAGAAGCUCAAAGUAUCAUCUCCAAAGAGAAGGACCCUGUGUGUGAUGGUGAUACUGGCUUUCAUAAUGUUGAAUUAUGGUCCACUGAGUGUAUUUGAAAAGGAUCCCAAUGGAGUUGAUUCCACUGCGAGUUCCAGCCACCGGACCAGAAAUCUUCUGGAGUUCUCAGCUAGCCAGGAGUCCAGCACAGCUCCAAAAAUACCUGAGGACAUCAUUACCGAAAAGAGUAAUAGAUAUGAUCGUUCUGUAUCUGAUAACAAAGCACUGAUGAUAGUCUCGGAAGAACCACUGUUAUAUAUUUCACCACCACCACCCCCCUGUCAGCCCCUGAUCAACCGGACAGAGUCACUGAGGUUGAAUCAUGAACUUCGAGGAUGGGUUCAUAGACAUGAAGUGGAACGAACAAGAUCUAGAAGGCUGUCAAAUAACCAACAGCAGAAAGCACGGGUUAUGCAGAGCUCCCUAAGUGAGAAGGCUGAUUCCCAGCUAAUGGCCAUGCCUUACACAGACACCAGCCUCAGGAACUCAGGGAAUGAGCUGCAAGUGUAUUACGCCUCUCCAAGGAGCUAUCAAGAUUUUUUUGAAGCUAUUCGCAGAAGGGAAGAUACAUUCUAUGUGGUGUCAUUUCGCAGAGACCACCUGUUAUUGCCAGCCACUACACAUAACAAGACCAGAAGACCAAAGAUGUCUAUAGUGUUGCCAGCUGUAAACAUCAAUGAGAAUGUGAUCAAUGGGCAGGACUAUGAGGUGAUGAUGCAGAUCGAUUGUGAAGUGAUGGACACCAGGAUCCUCCACAUCAAAAGUUCAUCGGUCCCUCCGUACCUUCGAGAGCAGCGCAGAAAUCACAGCAACACCUUCUACAGCGCGUCUCCCUCCGUCCCGGAGACGCCCCAUGCCCUGAGGGCUAUUGUCAAAUCCCUGCAGUAGCUCCUGCGGCGUAGCUGCACGGCCCAUGCACCCGGCAUGCAGCAGGUCCUGCUGCCGGACCGAGCCCUGUCGCAGGCAGGUCCCCGGGGCUCCCGGCACAUCGGCACAGCAAGGGCAGACCUCGUUUAGCCCAUUCCUGUGCCUGACCCUACCCAACGGCUGCAUCCUGCCCAGGGAUAUACGGCUCAGCUGGCCCCUCACCAGGGACAGGCACAGCCCUGCACCCCAUACCGGGCCUGCCACCCCAACCCUGGCCCUGCACCCCAGGAGCAUCCCUCCUCUGCCAGAGUGGCCGGACAGUCCUGCUCCUUGUCACCCCACAUGCCCCAAAUCCCUGCCCAUGCAGCCUCCUUGCCGGGAAGCGGUGGGCUGCUGCCCAGGGUUGCAGCAGUGCUGUGGGCAGCCCAGCCCCAGCCACCCAGCAGGGUGGUGGGAACCCGCACUUACAGCCAAAGCACUACAAGCAGAACGACCCCCACUGCCACAAAGCGUGUCCCCGCUCCCAGGAGUCACCCUGCUGGGGGGAGUCCCUAGGUUGGACCCAGCGAGCAGGGCACCUGGGUGGUACAAGGCCUGGGCUUCCCUCCCAGGCAGUGUGCGCACACACACACCCCCCUCACCUGUGUGAACUUGCCCACACACUGCUGCUGUCUUCCCCAGCCCACGUGGCCCCAUGGCAAAAGGCUGGGGCUUGGCCCAAGGGUGGUGAUUUAGUGCAGCAAAUGCAUUUGUAAAGAUUGUACGGCUGGGGUUGUUUUCUUUUUUUCUUUUUUUCCUUUCCUUUUUUUUUUUUUUGUUUUGUUUUGUUUCCCCCUCCCCUCCUGUUUUUUGGUUGGUGGUUUGUUUGGGUUUUGUUUUUUUUUUUUUUACUUUUUGUGAUAUUUAGUGCUCUUCACAGCUAACAGUCUACAGAGUAGCACUGGCCCUGCUGGGGCAGAAGAGCUCCUUCAGUUCAGCGAGACACAGCCACAGCACCUUCCUCCCGAAACACAGACACGCACAGCGAUGCGCACACAUACACGCUCCCACCCACAGCCAUCCCCUCUCUGCCUUGCCAGCACUGACAGCCACCCGUCACGCAGCAGGGGCGCAGGGGAGCCUGCCGUUUGCCCCCGAGCACUGAGCUACCAGACAUGGUGUUCGCUGCGGUCGACUGCUGCCCUUUCAGAGCCCGCUGCAGAGCUCUGGUCCCAAGUUUGUCAGCCAAGCCCUGGGCCGGAGCCGGGCCAAGGGGCUCCAGCGCAAAGUGCACUGCGGUGCUCACCUGGGAUGAGACCCCAGCAGAGCAUCAGUCUUUCGUAAUGACUUCAGCAUGUUAUUUUUUUUUCCCCCUUUGCAGUUAGCACAGAAGAUGAUGGGCUUCAGUUUGCCAGCCAACUGCCUUUCCUUCAUUGUCUGAACCACUGACUGACUGACUGACGUGGGGUUUUUAUUGUUAUUAUUGUUGUUGUUAUUAUUAUUAUUUGUGUGUGUGUGUGGCUGUUAGGAAAUAAAGUUUGAUCCUGCAGCAAGACAAACAGCUCGGGGGAAGCGAGGAGGCGGGUGAGGAGCAAUACACCCCUGUAAAGUAUGUGCCUUGCCAACACUAUGGAAAAGCUUUGCCCUUUGCCACGUAGUCAGCGCGAGCUGCUCAGGCCCCCCGUCCCCUCGGCGCGCGCGCUGCUGGGAAGCAGCCGGGCUCGGCGAGGGGUUUGGCUGCACUCCUUGCACCAGUUCUGUUUUCCUGGCCCCGGCCCCACCUGACUGUGGGCCAGCUCACACAAUAGUCAAAAAUAAAAACCACGGCGGUGCCUCAGCCAGAGGCACGCAGCUCCCCUGCAGCCCCGGCGGGGGAAGCCGGCUGCGCUG